UUCUGGCUUCCAUAAUUCGUCUCGUUUCGGCGCUGGACAAAUUGGAGAAUACUGCCGAGUAGCGACGCUACUUGUUUGUUUACUUAGCGAUAAACUAUUUUUAUCCAACGAAAACUAUGAGUGGCGCGUUUAAAAACUGUGGUUCGGUUUUGGUAACCGGUGCUAGCCGAGGCCUCGGUCUGCAGAUAGUCGAGAGUCUGGUAACUGGAAGCAUCUCUCCGGGUAAAAUUAUUGCUACAGCACGAGACCCAAGCAAAGCCAAGGAAUUGCAGGCUGUGGCUGAGAAAUACCCAAAUAUCCAUAUAAUCACACUAGAUGUGGUCAGUCAGGACAGCAUAGACAAGGCUGCACAGCAGGUGGAUGUGCUCGUGCAGGAGGAGGGUCUCAACUGCCUCAUCAACAAUGCCGGCGUUAAUGUCAUCGCCAAUUUCGAAACUGUGACAGCAGAGAAAAUGUUGGAGAAUUUCCAUACCAAUUCUGUGGCUCCCCUCAUGGUUACCAAGGCCAUGCUGCCCAUGCUGAAGAGGGCGGCUGCUAAGGGCACAGGGAUGGGCAUCCACCGUGCAGCCAUCAUCAACAUGACCUCCCUCCUGGGCUCUGUGGAGCUCAACUGGGGUGACCGUGCCAACAACUUCAAAUGGUACCCCUACAGAACAUCAAAGGCUGCGCUGAACAUGGUGAGCAGGUGCAUGGCUGUCGAUCUGGAGGCUGAAGGGAUCCUGUGCGUGGCCCUCCAUCCUGGCUGGGUGCGAACUGACAUGGGGGGACCUGAGGCCCCUUUGAGUUCUGAAGAGAGCAUCUCAUCAGUCUUGUCAGUGAUUGGUGGGCUGACUGAAAAGGAUCAUGGGGGAUUUCUGCAUUACACGGGGGAGCCACUACCCUGGUGACCUGAAGGAUUGCCCAUGGAGAGGAGUUAAUGAACUUGAUUAUUUAUUAGAGUGCACAUGUUUUUGCCCUGCUGCGGACCCAGUAGGAAUGCAUCUAAAAUGUAAACACGAAUUUGCUGACACAUUUGCUUUCAGGACAUAAUUAGAUGCUGAACUGUGUACCCCAUCCAGACACCCCUGGGAAAGGCUGUGAUGGCUUUGAGUUUCAUCAAAGGCCAGAUGCCCUAGCUGACCUUGGCUAUUCUGUGCUAACAUGCAAUGCCUUUCAUGGCCCAGUCCCUUCAUCUCUAAACACCAUAGGGUUGUCUGUAAUGUAACAGUAAUGUCUGAAGUGAAUGCCAGACAACCUGAAGCAUGAGGAACAGCAGACAGUUUCCCCCACUUUCCCCCCAAAGCUGAUUAUCUCCACGCAUUCAACCAAAAUAAUUUUUUACCCUCAGUUCUUGGUGGGUCUUUGACGUUAAGAAGAAAUUCGCACGGGACAAAAACCAUUAGAGAGACAGCCCAAUAGUUGUCAUGACUGUCUGCCCUUCUCAGAACCUGAUAAGACUGAGAAGUGGCUGUAUGUUACUAAUGACUCUUAACAAAA